UUUUGCAUGAAUCUAAUCAAAUCAAAUCGGCAUUUUUAUCACGGUAAACUUUUUUGUUGCGGCCGGCUUGGAAGUAUUUUGUUUUAUAUAAAUAUCAGCUAAGCAUUAAAUGACUCUGCCUUCAAUAAAGAACAAAUUUUAAUAAUUCAAAGCCUUGUUUUCAAUAAACAACAAAUCGUUAAUUUAUAUUUUUGUUAAGAAGAAAUUUACACCAAAAAUUCCCUGUUUCAUACUAGGUAAGAAACAUCCAGAUUGUAUCUUAAUCUGUAAAUUAGAAUGGAUAAAAGGUAUUUAGACAACCCAUUUGCUGAUUAUCAGGAUGGCCAAGAAAUCGAAUACGAUGAGGAGCACGUUAAGAAUUUGAUUUGCACUUAUGUUGACGCGAUUUUGGAAACCACCCAACCGAGCAAUGAGAACGAAGAUCAUAGGGGUGACUUGUAUGUUGGGAAUUCGGGAAUUGCUUACAUGUUUUGGCGCCUGUCGAGAUCAGAAAAAACCAACGAUCUGUAUCCAGCUCUGGAUCACGCCCAGACCUAUAUUCGCAGUGCCAAAGCCAAUGCCAAUCGAUACAAGAAGCGACCCAGCGAACGUUAUGCGUUUUUAUGCGGAAAUGCCGGUAUCUAUGCCGUGUCGGCAGUUAUCUCUAAGGAUCUCAAUAAGACUGAAGACUUUGAAAGUGAUUUGGCGAACUUCCGGGACGGCAUCGCACCCGCCAGGGAGUUUGUCUUUACCAAACAUGGUUGUGACGAAGUGCUAGUGGGACGCGCUGGCUACCUAAGCGGUUGUUAUUGGCUUAAUGACGUUUUGACGCCCAAGCCUAUUUCCGACGACGAACUUAUUUCGAUUUGUGAAAUAACCAUCACCAGUGGCAGAGAGUAUUCCAAACAAAAUAAAGCCCCAUUGCCUUUGAUGUAUCAGUAUCACGGAACCGAAUAUUUGGGAGCGGCGCAUGGCCUCUGUGGCAUUUUGCAUAUGUUGAUCGAAAGUCCAGGUUAUACUCGCGAGAGUUGUCGACCUCCGCGUUUGGAUUUGCUCGACAUUAAGAAAUCAAUUGACUACUUUUUGAGUCUGCAGGAUGUCGAAGGAAAUUUCCCGGUGGCCCUAGAGGAUUUGAAAACCGGAAGGGAAAAGCGUCUGGUGCAUUGGUGCCAUGGAGCCCCCGGGGCGGUGUACUUACUUGCAAGGGCAUAUCUUGUCUAUCGCGAGGAUAAGUACCUGACUGCGGUUAGGUUGGCAGCAGAUUUGGUGUGGAACAAGGGAUUCCUGCGCAAGGGACCGGGCAUAUGUCACGGUGUUGCCGGAAACGGCUACGUGUUCUUACUGCUCUACCGUCUGACCAAGGAGCCCAAGUACUUGUAUCGAGCUGUGAAAUUCAUGGAUCUACUUACCAAUUCGGAUUUCAAGGAUCGGGCGCGGAUACCUGAUCGACCGCACAGCCUGUACGAGGGCGUGGCUGGAACCGUUUGCUAUUUGAUCGACCUGCUCGAACCUAGCAAGGCACACUUUCCUUUUAUGGACAUAUUCCACCAGAAGUGACAUAAUUGAAUCAUAUCAUCAUCAUCAUCGUAACACGGCCUGCGGCCUCUUAUAACUUUAAUUACUCAUAUUUCAAAUUAUUAUUAAUUAUUAUAUUAAAUAUACUCUGAGAGUUAAAAUCAUAAACAAUUAUUGUAAUAAUAUACACACACCCCCAUUCAUAAGUCUGAUUGUUUAACUAAAUUUAUGUACUAAUCUACUUAAAUAUUUUGUUUUUGUUUGUUCCUUUUAUAUCGUGUUUGUCGGUUUGUUUGGCCAGCUUGUACGUUUCGUCGUGACCGGCUUUUAUUUUUUUGUUGCCUUAUUUUACAAAUAGUUUGUACAUUAUUCUAAAUUAAAAUAAAUAAUUAACUUAAUAUAUAUAAACGAGA